AUGUAUAGUAUGAUGGAAACCGAGCUAAAGCCGGCUGUUCCCCAGUCCAACACGGGGACAGUCGGCGGCUCGGCUCCCGGGGCCACGGGCAAGAGCGGCAGCAAUAACCCGGACCGGGUGAAAAGACCAAUGAACGCCUUCAUGGUCUGGUCCCGGGGUCAGCGGCGGAAAAUGGCCCAAGAGAACCCCAAAAUGCAUAACUCGGAGAUCAGCAAGCGCUUGGGCGCGGACUGGAAACUUCUAUCAGACUCGGAGAAGAGGCCGUUCAUCGACGAGGCGAAGCGCCUGAGAGCCCUGCACAUGAAGGAACACCCGGAUUACAAAUACCGGCCCAGGCGCAAAACUAAAACUCUGAUGAAAAAAGACAAGUAUUCACUGCCCAGCGGUAUUCUCAACCCGGGCUCAGUCCCAGUCAACAGCGGCGUGGGGGUGAGCCAGAGAAUGGAGAGCUAUGCCCAUAUGAAUGGGUGGGCCAACGGGACGUACCCGCUCAUGCAAGACCAGCUGGCUUAUUCGCAGCACCCGGGCAUCAACAGCCCGCAGAUUCAGCAGAUGCACCGGUACGAGAUGGCUAGUCUCCAGUAUAGUCCCAUGAUGUCCAGCGCACAGAGUUAUAUGAACGCGCCGACCACCUACAGCAUGUCCCCCGUGUAUGGGCAACAAAGUACACCAGGCAUGGCUCUAAGUUCCAUGAGUUCUAUGGUGAAGUCGGAGCCUACCACGCCUCCGCCGCUAACGUCCCACUCCCGCGGCGCUUGCCUUGGAGAUCUACGGGAUAUGAUUAGCAUGUAUCUCCCUCCCGGAGGAGACGGUGACCCCUCUUCUCAGAACAGCAGACUACACAGUGUCCACCAGCAUUAUCAGAGCACGCCGAUACCGGGCACAGGGGUGAGUGGCACUGUCCCCCUAACCCACAUCUAA